AAUCGCGACUGUGUCCAAUCGGAAAAUAUUAUACUGCUGUGUCCAAUCGCUUAUGUUCGCAAUCGGGACAGUCCCGAUCGAGGCAGCUAGUUGCGGAAACGCGGUGAAGUCGGGUGUCACACGGAGUAUCGUUGUAAGAGCGAGCCCUGAACAUUAAAAACGGAUCUUAUAAAGACAAAGAGAGCUCUCAUUAGUGUGUGUGUGUCUCUUUUCCCCCUCUAUUCCGUUCGAGUAUCUGCGGCUUUAAGCCCAGGGACGCUAAAACACUUAUAGGAAACUCCAUUAAUCUCGUAUACAUGCGGUAUAUGCGAGAUUAUUUGUUCAGAUAAUGAAUUAUACGGUCAUCCUUGUGUGGAAGGAUAUACGCAUGUUCAUUUGGAUAAAAAUUUAUAUUUUUAUCCUUAAACCGGUGAGUAUUAUAGUGAUAUUUUUUAAUUAGAAUUUUUGUAAGUAACAUCCCUGGCGGAAAAAUUUUCUUGAAAAUUCUACAAAACUACAAAAAUUUACAAAAGUGUUCCAAUUCUAGCAUUUUUAUGUAGAAACUACAAAAAAUGCUAGAAUUGGAACACUUUUGUAAAUUUUGGCAGUUUUUUAGAAUUUUGUAGAAAUUUUUCCGCCAAGAAUUAAUUAAUGUUUAUAAUGUGUAGAUGACGGACAAAUUAUCCGCAAGAGUUUGGUGGAUGAUGCGGAGAUGAUUGUGAUGGAGACUGCCCGAGAAAUCUCCAACCAAAAAACCGAUGAUUGGCGAAACAAAAAAAUUAUGGACGAGAAACGUCUCAUCGAAGAUGUUUACAAGCGUCCUGCAUUGUGGAAUUUCAAGCUUUUUUUGGGUGAACGAACGCUGGCAAAAAAAAUAGGAAGAAAUUUUCGUAUCAGUGAAUGAAUCGACAAUAAUAAACAUACCAACCGAGUGGCUCAACGGGGAAAAGAAAAUGUAACUGGGUGCACUUUAAGCAGAUGCAAUUUUUGAACGAUGUGCAGCUUGAUACCGAAACUACAACCAACAUUUCGAUCGAAAAUACCGCCGAAGAAUCAGAUUGCAGCAUUAUUGACAGCAAUAGCAGUGGUCGUCAAUCACAUAUGUAGUUAUUUUCUUAUGAAAGGUCACAAUAAGAGACGCUUGAGUGAUUCUAGUGAGAAAUCUUUGGAUCGAUUAUCAGAAGCUCUCGGGGAACCAAUUACGGUCAACCUAUCACCGUUCAUACCUCCUGUGCCACCACCGCUUGACAAAUCAGCAUUAUUCGGUAAUCUCCUUGCUACCCAACUUCAAGAUGUGGAUCCUAAUUUUUUGGACGACACUACGUUGCAAAUAAUGCAACUCGUAAAUACUGUAAAGCGAAGGAAAUAAUAAUUUUUCUAAUUUUUAUUAUUUUUUUAUUUAAAAAUGAACAGUUUUUUUACAAUCUCUUCUUGUUUAUCUCAUAUUAAUAAAUAAAAUUUAAAAUA